UCAGGUGAAAGCAUUCGGUUAUGGCAUCUGCAUUUUGGGCUAUGCGGGCGCCAUGACGCAUCCAGUGAUUCACCAUGCCUUCAUCUUUCCCGAAGAUAAUACAGCCUCCUUUUAUCAAAGAAUGAAAGUUCAAGCCGAAACAUGCUUCUUGAUGGCAGACCUGAACGAGACAACUCAGACGGCUGUGCCACCUGGAAAUGAGGGCUCAUUAUACACGAUUGUGUCAUUCAUUUUCACAGUUAUUCACAUCAUUAUGAUAAUCCCUAGCACUGUUCUCGUACACAUGUUGGAUCUCUUCGCCCUCCUCACCACCAUUUGCUGCUGGAGGGUGGUGAAUAAAUUCCUGCGAGAUUGCAAAAGGUUGGAAUCGAGUUUGGUGGGGCUGGACGAUGCUGAAGGACUUGCUGAAGUGAUUUUGGACAAGUAUGACAACCUCAAAGCUUUUAUUAACAAUGUCAACAAUGCAACGGGACUGGUAUUUCUCUGUUGUAUUGGAAUUUCUCUCCCAUUUUACGCUUCAUUUACUGCAGUUUUAUUCUUUGAAGAAAAAAUCGAUUGGUUUGAAACCAUUCAUUUUUACGUGUACUUUAUAACAUUUUUGAUAGUACUAACCUUGGCGGCCAACAUCAAUAAAAAGGCAAAUGAAUUUUAUGAUUGGAUAUCAACAUCUCCAAUUGCGCUAACUAUACAUCCGAAUCAGAUGACGUUACUAAUGAUGGAUUUGUACUCGAAUCGAAUUGCGUUAAGCGGCUGUGGCGUGUUUUCGCUGACAUUCAGAUUUUUCGUCACCAUUCUCAGCAUCAUCGUAACCUACACCAGUAUAAUUGUGCAGCUACAAAUUAGCAGGAGAGAUGCCACACUCCUCCUGAUGGGCAACAGCACCAGAGCACUUGGCUAAAAAUUGUCUCCCGAGCUCAUUUACGCCGACAUACAUAGAUCUCCAGGUGUCCAUUACGUGUACUUGAAAAUGCUGUCUAAUUGGUUGAAGCUGUUGUUCGUAGUUUACUAUUUGGUACUUCCAUGAGAUUUAAGUUUACUAAAGUAUAUAACAUAUGCAUGUAUAUAUGUAAUUUAUAAUUGUGAAAUCUGCAUUAAAAUUUAAUA